AUGCUGAGGUCUGGAUUGAGCGCAUCAAGAUGCGCUGUAUUUUCAAGAAAUUUAAGCACCAAGGUGCCCCGAGUGUACCAGUUUGAGGAUAUAAAAUCACUUAUUCGCAACCCAGAUCACCACAAAGUGUUGGUGGACGUAAGAGAGCCUGGUGAGCUUCAGCAAUAUGCGAUGCCAACUGCGAUUAACCUGCCUCUUAAAUCAGCGCCUGGUGCUUUAAGUCUCACUUCAGAAGACUUUCAAGAGGUUUUCGGUCUGCCCAAGCCACCUACCGACCGCGAGCUCAUUUUCUUUUGCGCUGCGGGCAUCAGGGCGAAAGCAGCAGAGGAACUGGCUCAGUCCUACGGGUACAAUAACACUGGCAUCUACCCAGGGUCUAUCAACGAAUGGCUGGCAAAGGGCGGCGACAAAGUGAAGCCCGAAACCUAG